GCAACGUUUGUGUUGUUUUCGAGUGUCAAAGUGUGCGUGUGUUCGUUUUUGUGUGUGCGUGAGCUGUAUUUCCGUUGGUGUGUAAAUCCCAGUGAAAACGUCACGUCGUAUUUGUAUAAGCAGCAGUCCUGCUACGAAAAUCCCAAUCCAGUGGUGGCUUUGUUUUUGUUUGUGUUUCGCAUUUCCACGAGCCACGCUCUCCCUUUCGAUGCUGUAAAUUUUUGAUAGGUUCUGCCUGCCCAUCACCACCGAUGUCCUUAUCCUGAUGUCCUUAUGGUCGUCGGUCGUUAGUGUUGGUGAGAUUGCACCUGCGUCGUCUCGUCGUGGUCCUUUCGCUCCACUGGUGUGCGUUUGAUGCAGUGAGGCGAGCCAGUGAAAGGAGGAGAUAAAAACGGUCGAAAUACCAACCAAAGGGCAAGGCACGUGUGGUGUUGUGUGUGCGUAUGUGCGGGCGUGUGUACGACCGAGAAAGUCGGUUGACGGUCGGGCUGAUUUCCGUUGGUCUCGCGCAAAGUAAGGAAGUAAACGGCCGCCCAUCGGUGAUCGCGGGCGCGUGGAAAUUAACGUAGAAAAAAUAAUAAAACCGUCGCCAAUUCGUUCGUCAACGGCCGAGGGCUGUUGCUACGUCGCUACUGCGUGGUGUUGUUGUUGUUGCUGGUCACUAGCUAGUCCGUUUCCGCGCGCACACCCGGCCGAGGUGAGUGCGAGGAACAGACGGAAAUCACGGAACACAACAUAGGCUCGGUCGAGGAAAGCGCCGACAUUACGGAGACCAACGGAACAAACGUCGUCGAAAGCAUGGUGAAACGGGGUGACGGCACAGAGUCUCCGAUGAUCACGGAAAGUGAUGCAGAUACAGAUAAACCCCGAGUGAGAUACGGCGAACUGGUGAUACUAGGAUAUAAUGGCUUUCUACCACAGGGGGACCGUGGCCGGCGUCGCUCGAAAUUCGUCCUGUACAAGCGCUCGGAGUCGAACGGUGUCAAGCGCUCCAAACACUACAUCGUACAGUCGCCCCAGACAUCGCAAGCCAUCCUGAACGCCAGACAGCACUCCAUAUCGUACACGCUGUCCCGCAGCCAGGCCGUCAUCGUAGAGUACAAAGAGGACCCGGACACAGACAUGUUCCAGGUCGGACGAUCGUCAGAGUCGCCAAUAGAUUUCGUUGUGAUGGACACGCUGCCCGGUGAUAAGAAGGACGCCAAGGUCCUGCAGAGCACGAUUUCGAGAUUCGCCUGCCGGAUUCUGGUGGACCGAAGCGACGGCAACAAGGCACGGAUAUACGCGGCCGGCUUCGACUCUAGCAGAAACAUAUUCCUCGGGGAAAAAGCAACGAAAUGGCAGGACAAUGUCGAGAUCGACGGGCUCACCACGAACGGUGUGCUGAUCGUGCACCCGAAGGGUGAGUUCUGCGGUGGCAGCGCGGACUGCGGCCAGUGGCGCGAAACGUCCGUCGGGGGCGAUGUGUUCAGCCUGCGGGAGUGCCGCUCCGCCCAGCAGAAGGGCCAGCAGAUCUACGACGAGAACAACAUCCUGCAGGACGGCACGCUCAUCGAUCUCUGCGGUGCGACGCUGCUGUGGCGCUCGGCCGAGGGUUUACGGCAUUCACCGACGAAGAAGGACCUCGAAAAGCUCGUAGAUGAAAUAAACGCUGGCCGACCGCAGUGCCCGGUCGGUUUGAACACGUUAGUUAUUCCUAGAAAAGUGUCACUGGGGGAUCACGUCAAUCAGCCUUACGUCUAUCUUAACUGCGGCCAUGUUCAAGGUCAGCAUGGUUGGGGUCAGGAUAAGAACACUAACGCCCGCCGGUGCCCGAUGUGUCUGGAGGUCGGUCCCGUUGUGACGCUCUGCAUGGGAGUGGAGCCCGCAUUUUACGUUGACUCUGGUCCACCAACGUACGCAUUUAACCCGUGCGGUCAUAUGGCCACGGAGAAAACGGUAAAGUAUUGGGCGAAUGUCGAUAUUCCUCACGGAACAAACGGUUUCCAGUCGGUAUGUCCGUUCUGCGCCACGCCACUAGUUGGAUCUCCCGGUUACAUAAAACUGAUUUUCCAAGAUAACUUAGACUAAUUUCGUCAUUAACAACGCGCGCGCGAUGGGUCCGGUUUCUCUCUUGUAAAAUGCGUGCCGCUCGUAUGGCCAAGCUGCGAAUGCCUAGUUGUAAUACACCCGCCGCCAGAGAGCGCUUCUGAGCGCGGUGCGGUUAGCAGCGCCACCUGGCGACAGGGACACUGGGGAAUACACUGUAUUCAGCGCCCUCUAGCAAAUGCGGGGCGAAGCUAAAUAGUUUAUUUCAAAACCGUAAUUGCGAUGCUGCGUUGUGAUGGUUGGAGGCUUUUGAUUGACUAGGACUUGUUUUUAUGAUUUGUUUGGGUCCUGCGGGUUUUCAACGUUCAGGAGGAUCUGAUUAUUUUAAUUUUAUUGCAUUACAUUGGUUCAAGCUAAACGAAAGCGAUAAAGAAGCGGGCUUAACUGAGAAGACUGGCAGAGCCAACGGCUGAGAGGCAACUACAAAAUGGAAACAAACCAAACAUAAAACUAGCGAGUGUGAACCGUGCGAUUGGCAUAUUCUGCCUUCCGCACAUACACAAAGACUUACAGACACACACACACACUUACACAAACGCACUUAAACAAUAACACUGCACAUGACGCAGUUCAGUGGCAACCAAAUGAGAGUUUCGUGCACGCAAAAGCUACCGCCGGCAUGAUGCAUUUACAAACCAGAAAGAGCCAAUGGAUGUGGUAGUUUUCGGUUUUGUCCCACACUUAACAUGCAUGCAUCGGAAGGCAUCAAACUACUCUGUCACACGACGUCACGACGACGUAAAAACGGACGAUGCUAAACAGGAAGCGGAGCGUUAGCAAACAUUCGAAUCGCGUAGCAAACCACAAGGAUUAAGUAUGUUCAAUAUAUCAGCUCGUUUGUUCUUAGAUUAAAUUCAACUCUCUCUGUGUCUCUGCCACGCUGCAGUCUGUUGCGCGGUUGCGCCGUGUGAAGGUCGUAGUUGCGUUUAAUAAUUAUUACAAUACGAAAUCGAAAAUGUAAGUUGCUGAUCAGUAUGUUCCGUCAGCUCAGCGGGAGCUAAAGGAAACCGUAGUAAAACGUUGAUCGUUGAUCCCGUGGAAAUAACGAAUUCAUCAUUUCUUGGACACUGGGCUCGGGUUGGGCUCGCUAGGGAUAAGUGCUAUCAUUAGUUUGCUUGCAGUAAUCCACUCGUGUUUAGGUUUACCGUUUAAGUUCAUUAGUUUUACUGUUCAUUAUUCGCUUCGUUCGUGCACGCCUUUUUGGCGCUGCGUUUGUUCAUUGUGCGUGAAGUGGGUCUGCAGAAAUGCACGGUGGAGAUCCGUGUUGGUAUUUUGUUCUCCAUACAGGGAACACACACAUUUCCAUGGGCCAUUAUCGUACUAUCGCCGAGUGGCUGUUUGUACGAAACAGAUGAUUGUGUAAGGCUAAAACCCGAAGAAUGAGACGCGCAAAUGAAAGAAGCCGUCAGGGAGGAUCGGAUGAAUUACGUGAAGCAAGUGAAAGAAAGUAGAACAAGAGUGGAGUUGGUUUUUAGUGAAGGAUAAGAGAAAUCUGCAACGAGACGAUGUUGUUUGCUUCUAUAGAUCUUGCACAUUACAAACACAAACCCGUUCAAUCAUGCAGCAAGCAAAGAAGGGAAACAAAAAAGUCCAGAGAUACAUGUCCUUCGGGAGAAACGCGUAGACGGUGGCCAAGUCGUCCCCCGUUAGCGAACGAUCGUGUAAAAAGUACUGAUAUAAGAGAACUGCAUAAAAUAAUUAGAGAAAAUAAGCGUGUGUGAUGAACGCGUCGUGAAAAAUAAUACAAGUC